AUGACAGGACUCGAGGAAGAAGCCCCGGCUAACUCCGUGCCAGCAGCUGCGAUCUACAAAGGAACGCCAAAAGCGAAGGCAGCUCUCUGGGUCCUUACCGACGCUGGAGUGCAAAAGCAUAGGGAGCGAACGGGAUUAGAUACCCUGGUAGUCCAUGCCGUAAACGAUGAGUGUUCACCCUUGGUCUACGUGGAUCAGGGGCCCAGCUAA